CGCCACAUGAACCCACAGUAAACAGCAACACACGAAUGCUGUUGCCACACACAGAGCGAGCUGGUACACCACAGCCUGAGCUAAGAGGCGCAGCUUUGUUGUUGCUCAAGUGAUGUGCUUGUCUGAUCUGGCCUAGUGGGACUGAAGCUGCCCUCUUACCCCUCCCUGAUCCUGUUGCUGUUCCCCCUUGAAGACCUUCACCAGCACCACCUCCUUCCUCUUCCUCCACCUCCUCUUCCUCCCUCCAGCUGCCCCUGUGAUGCCUUCCCCGUGCUGUGGCUACCUGUCACAGUACACCAAUCAUCAUCUGGUUGUCUUCCUCCUCACCUUCUUUAGCUACGUGUUGCUGCACGCGUCACGGAAGACGUUCAGCAAUGUGAAAGUGAGCAUCUCAGCCCAGUGGACGUCAUCCGUCCAGAAUGACAGCGCACAUGCUUUCUCUCCCAGUGAGACAUGGGAAGACAAUCACCUGUUUGCAGAUGAGAAUCAAGCAACUCUGUUCCUGGGAGCCCUGGACUCCAUCUUUCUCUUUUCGUAUGCCGUGGGCCUGUAUUUGAGUGGUGUGAUUGGGGACAGAGUAAACCUGCGCUAUGUCCUCUGCUUUGGCCUGUGUGGCUCUGCUGUAGUGGAGUUUCUGUUUGGCACUCUGACUGAAUGGCUCCACAUCUACAACAUCUAUCUGUACUGCUUCCUGUGGAUCCUGAACGGGCUGCUGCAGUCGGCCGUGUGGCCGUGCGUGGUGGCCGUUAUGGGCAACUGGUUUGGCAAAACAGGGCGAGGCUUUGUGUUUGGCCUGUGGAGCGCCUGUGCCUCUGUCGGCAACAUCCUGGGAGCCUUCCUCGCUUCCAGUGUGCUCUCGUAUGGAUACGAGUACGCCUUCCUGGUGACCUCGGUGGUGCAGUUUGCCGGCGGGGUGGUGGUGUUCUUCGGACUCCUCACCUCCCCAAAAGAAGUUGGUUUGAGUUUGGUGUCAGAAACUGGGCUCAGCCCAGUGGAGACGGACAGAGACAGCCACAGGCCUCUGAUAAGUGACGAAGAGGAUGAGGUGGAGGUUCAGGAACCAGAUGAUCCUCCAGUUUCUCCUCAGGCUAUUGGCUUCCUCCAGGCCUUCUGUUUGCCCGGAGUGCUUCCUUAUUCCUUGGCAUACGCAUGUCUGAAGCUCGUCAACUACUCCUUCUUCUUCUGGCUUCCUUUCUACCUGAGCAACAACUACAACUGGAAGGAGGUCGAGGCCGACCGCUUGUCUGUGUGGUACGACGUCGGAGGAAUCAUCGGUGGAACGGUUCAGGGUCUGAUCUCUGACUUCAUGGGGAAGAGAGCUCCAGUGUUGGCCGCCAGUCUGGCCAUGGCGAUGGCCGCUCUGGUGGGAUACAGCCGAUCACCCAACGACCAGGUCAUAAAUGCCGUGCUGUUGGCCGUCACUGGUUUCUUCAUCGGCGGCCCAUCCAAUAUCAUCUGCUCCGCCAUAUCUGCUGACCUGGGCCGACAGGCGGCUCUGAGGGGCAGUCAGGAGGCUCUGGCUACUGUGACCGGUAUAGUGGACGGAACUGGAAGUUUCGGAGCUGCAGGCGGACAGUACCUGGUGUCUCUGAUUGAAAGCAAACUGGGCUGGAUGUACGUCUUCUACUUCUUCAUCGUCAUGACAGGGGGCAGCAUUGUGUUCAUCAGUCCGUUGCUAUUCCGAGAACUGCAGGUGAUGUGGAGAGACAGACGAGCGCGGCGACACCAGCUGUGAGCUGCGUCUCGGCCUCUGGCGUACGCCGACGUCUCUCCUUUCCGAUGGCCGCGUCGGUGCAGCACAUCUGCUCACUGCUCAGGAACGUCUGCUUUAUUUGUCCGGUGAGUUUUGGGACGUGCAAAGACUCGGUGGUGGUCGGUUCUCACAGUCGGGGAUGGUUAAGGUGAUGUUGAGUCUCCCACACACACACACACACACACACACACACACAAAACCACCAGCGUAACAACAACCACACGAGCAGACGAAUGGACAUCCGUCCGUGGAUGUACAGACUCGUGUAUUAUACAAAUACAAGGGUUUAGAGGUUAAAGUUUCAGUCGCUAUGUACAGAAUGUACAAGUGUAAAUAUUUAAGGUUUAAAAAGGACUUGAAUAUUUUACAUGCACACAUGCUUGAAUUACGUUGAAUGAAUUUGUAUUUGUUCUUAAUUUAAAGACUAGGCCUUGAAAAUUGAUUGUUAAUAUUAUUUAUUAUUAUGCAGCCAUGUAUUGUUAGCUUUUUGUAGAUAUACAGUAUGUAAUUAGUUUUUAAUUGAAAUAACGGGUACGGCACUCUUACGUUUCUUAUACAUAUCAGAGUAUGAAAAGUAGAUUUUAAUGGGGGGGGCUUUAGCGACCACUUUGGGUUUCAUUUCCUGUGUACAGUUUUGUGUAAUCGAGUAAAGGGAAUUUUACGUUAAAGAUUUUAAUUAAGGAGACAGGUUCUCUCGGUUUUCACUACAUUCCUUUUUCACUUCCU